AUGAGCAAACGACAGUUAGUCCUUCUAGUUGGCCUCCCUUAUGUAGGCAAAUCGUCGAUCCACCGAGUUGUAUUUGGGAAGAAGACACCUGGUGAGACCGUCAAUUUUAAGCCAACCACUCACAUCCAAAAAAUCAAAGUUGAAGGGUUUUCAACCCCGAUAGAAGUGUGGGAUAUUCCAGGGAAGGUGUUAAUGGAAAUGGAUGAAACGAUGAUGGUGAAGAUGUUAGAGGAGACCGUUGCAGUUGUUUACGUGUUCAAUUGCCAGACACAAAGUUUCAGCGAACAAAUUAAGUACAUGACACAAUUCAUCGAGUUGGCGUACAAGACAAACAACACCAUUUUAUUCGACUUUCUCCUUCACAAGUGGGACGCAGAGUCGUUGAUUGCAGACAAGAUCGAUAUGAAGGCGACAGUCGAAUCACUUGCGCAAAAGUCACUUGCUGCACAAAAGAUUCCAAUUGACUUCACUCUGACAAUGACAUCCAUCUACGACAACUCUCUCUUUCUCUUUUUCUCAUCAACAUUCAACUUGAUCUUAAAAAAUACGGCUGCUUUUUCAAGUCUUUUGCAAAGCUUUACAACAGUGUGCCCCGUUUUAGACGCAUUCAUCGUUCAUACACCAACCCGUUUUUAUAUCGCAACAAACAAAGGCAACCCACACUCUUACGGAUUUUUGAAAGAGGCCUUCAGUUUCUUUUUGGACGUGUUCUCAACAUAUUCGACUGAACAACAAAUGGUUUCUGGGAAGACUGUCAUCGAAUGUGGUAAUAACAUGUUCGUGUAUAUCAAAGUCAUUUCACAAUAUUUCUGUCUCGCAAUGUUGGUCGACAAGGAGAAUUCAAAGAACAUCACUGUCUACGACUACAACUUCGACCUCUUCAAGGCUUCCGUCCUCAAAAUCCUCGAGUGCAAUUGA